GUGGGUAGUGUUACGGUUUCCAGACGGCCACCGUUCCUAGAUCACCCAGCCUCCCGACUCCUGUGUGAAGUAUGUACGCGCUGCUGACCCUCGCGCUCCUGGCGGCUGCACAGGCGGUCCCGGUGGAGGAGCAGGCCCCGCUGGCUCAGGUUCGCGCCUCGGGAUCCAACCCGAUCGGCGUCAACGAAGACACGAGCUGCCACCACUACCCGCAUUCCAGCACGCAUGGCCACACCGCGCACUUCUACCACGGCACCACCCCGUUGAGCCUCCGCAAGCGCGCUGUGGUCGAGGUCGGCACCCUGGUACCGCUUCACCGCGUCCUCAUCUUCCGUAACAUGGUCUUCGAGUGGGGAGUCGGCGCCGACAACUUUGAAGACAAGAUUGCCUGGGAGGGUUACCGCGUGCCGUCUGACUGCUCGGUGAGUUGGUCCCACAGCGCCGCCGGGGAGUCAGGCUGCAGCCUGCAGCAGGCCAUCGACUUCAGCCGCGGCUACAAGACCCGCUACGGCAGUUACGACCUGCUCUCCAACAACUGUCAUCUGUACGUCAACCGCAUGAUGAACUACCUGGACUCCGGGUGCACCCGCUACCCGGCCUAGGUCGGCAUGCUUCGGGAAUCACCGUCGGCUUUUGUCGGGUGUGGCCGUUUAUAAAUUCCUGUCGGGAGUCGUCGUCAAAAUUCGUGCAUCUACGGUGACGACAAUAAAAAAAAACCUACAAGAUUCUCUAUCUGAUCAAGAAAGUGUUUUAAAUAAAGAGCUAAGGAAUCGAUGCCAA